UGGUUGUCGUGUUUAUGUUUAUUAGUUGACAUUGUCAUUGCUAUUGCAAGUCUUACUCUCAUUCGUUGAAUGUCGUCGGAUGUUUGAGAUGAUGGAUAACGACAACAAGAGCGGCGGCGGCGGCGUGGCGUUGGCGUCACGCUACUACCCCGACUUCAUUCUCAGCGGCCUGAACGACCUUCGCAAGCGCGGGGAACUCUGCGACGUCACGCUCGUCGUCGGCGCCGCCAAGAUCCCCGCCCACAAGGUGGUGCUGGCGAGCUGCAGCCCGUACUUCGCCGCGAUGUUCACGGGCGGUCUCGCCGAGCGCCACCAGGCCGAGGUCGAGUUCCCCGGCGUAGAGCCGCUCGCGAUGGCGGGACUCGUCGAGUUUGCGUACACGGGCGAGCCGUUGAUCAGCCAAGCGAACGUGCAGAGCCUGCUGCCCGUCGCCAAUCUUCUCCAGCUGGGCACGCUGAAGGAGGCGUGCUGCCGCUACCUGAGCGCGCAGCUCGACCACGCAAACUGCAUCGGUAUCGCACGCUUCUCUGAAAUGCACGCUUGCCGAGAACUCGCCGGCAAGGCAGAGGCGUACGUGCUGCAGAACUUUGAGGAGGUAUGCAAGGGCGAGGAGUUCUUGCAGUUGAGCGAGGAGCAGGUGGCCGGAAUCCUCUCCAGCGACGACCUGAACGUCGUCAGCGAGGAGACGGUCUUCUCCGGCAUCGAGAACUGGAUCGAGUUCGACCCGGCGGCGCGGCGCGGCGCGCUCGAUCGCCUCAUCAAGUGCGUGCGCCUCGCGCUGCUUCCCGUCCGCUAUCUCACGCGGUGCUACGAGGCGAAUAAACUCGUGCGAGACAGCCGUGCGUGCAAGGAGCUCCUCAACGAAGCCCUCAAGUACCACCUGCUGCCCGAGCACCGGCUGAAGCGCGGCGCCGUUGCCCACCGCGCGAAUCGCCGCGGCGCGUUACUCGGAACGAUCGCGCGGCCGCGCCGACCACCGAAGGUGCUGUGCGCGCUCGGAGGCAAGAACGGACUUUUCGCCGUGCUCGACAGUGUGGAGCGCUACGACGCGAGCACGAACACGUGGGAGGUGGUGGCGCCCAUGCUAGAGAAGCGCAUCAACUUCAGCGUGGCGACGCUGCACGGCUUCAUGUUCGUCGUCGGAGGGCAGAACUCUACGUCGCACCUGAGCAGCUGCGAGCGCUACGACGCGCAGACGAACCAGUGGACGUACGUCGCUAGCAUGGAGCGGCCGCGCACAGGGCUUAGUGUAGCCGUGGUAGAUGACCAGCUGUAUGCGGUUGGCGGACAUUCAGGAAGCUCUUACCUCAACACGGUGCAGCGCUACGACCCCUGUAGCGACGAGUGGCAGGACGUGCGGCCGAUGACAACGUGCCGAUGCAGCUUCACCUCACAGGCUUUAGUGACCGUGGUAGAUGCCCAGCUAUGCGGUUGGCGGACAUUCGGAAGCUCUUACCUCAACACGGUGCAGCGCUACCGACCCUGUAGCGACGAGUGCAGGACGGUGCGGCCGAUGACAACGUGCCGAUGCAGCUUCAGCCUCACAGCCUUGUGCUACACCACUGAUGAUGAUGAUUGA